GAUACGUUUCACUUCUCUGGGUUUGCCCACAUAAAAUAACGCUCCCCCAUGAACUUUGAGCAAAAUCAUUCCUUGCGGGUUAUGUUCUUUGCUUUCCUUGAUGAACCAAAACGCACAUGCUUCGAAUACACUCCUUUCCUUUCACAUAAAAUAACGUUCUUUCACUGCCUGAUCUUCUCCAUCUUUCUCAGUUGGGUCUUUCUACAAACUCUUCUUAUUACCAUCCCAUCUUCUUAAUUCUCUCUACUAUUGCUGCAGGCUAUGAAUGAACGAAGAUGCGAGUGGGAUAUCGUUUGAUCUUGUGAAAAAAAUGACAAGAGAUACAACCGAAGAGAGGAAGAAGAGAUCAGAGGGGAAAGUGUUAUGCUGAAAAUAAGGCGCUCUACCGUUGAAGAAAGAAGCAGUCUAAGUGUAGCUUGUGACUGUUGUGAAAACAGCACAAGAAGAGAGAAGCUUUUCAUCAGAUGUUAUCCAUUGAAAACCCUCCAUCAGAUCCCCCACAUCCCUGCCAAGUUGUAGUACAGCUGAAAAGUGGUGGUGGUGAGAUUGAGAGGCUUCCUCACAAGCUCCCCUUGCCUGAGGUAGAUCUGCUAAAGAAGCCGUUUCUCGAUAAUCAUCAGCAUCAGCAUCACACCCCACUCCCCAAGUUCUCCAUAAGAGAUUUUGUGUUCACUGCUCGGGGCAAUGACAUCAAGAAGAAUUGGCCGUUUUCUCCCAGGAAUUUGCAGCUUUGUUUGAAGCAUGGCUUGAAAGAUCCAUUGCCACCAUUUCAGCUUCUUGGUACUGUAAGAAACCAAACCGUAGAGAGAUGUGUGGUUGAAACCAAUCCAUUUGAGAAGCAAACUAAGAGAAAAUUCGGUGACGAGCCAUCUGGGUCAAACGAUCAUGUGGUACUAGAGUCAUCCAAUGAUGCUUACUCAAACCAUAACCUAGCAGGUACUUGCAUAGACAGUAGCUCGUGCAGAUCGGGAGGAGAACGUGGAAAUGAUUUACCUUCCACAACAGCAAGUGCUUCUGAAGCUGAUAUAGACUCAGUUCUUGUUAAAAAGCAGUCCGACUUAUCAUUAGAAACCGAUACAAUAGUGGAGGCAUCAGCUGGAGUUCAAGCUGCUGGUAAGACCCGUAAGACUGAAAACGCAACCCGACCAUCUGGGAAGAAGUGCAGAUUAAUUGUGAAAUUUGGUGCACAGUUUGAACGUAACUUGACUGAAGAUAUUGCUUCAAGUUCUACCAUGUUAUCUGAAUCCAUGGCUUCUAAAGUUUGCCCUGUUUGUAAAACCUUUUCUUCCUCUUCCAAUACCACCUUGAAUGCUCACAUCGACCAGUGUCUUUCUGAUGAAUCGACUCCCAAGUGGACAGUGGAUUCUAAGCUUACCCGCCGUAGAAUAAAGCCGAGGAAGAUUAGAAUGAUAGUGGAUGUAUAUGCUACUGCUAAACCAUGCACUUUAGAAGAACUUGAUAGGAGGAAUGGUACAUGCUGGGUCACUGCAUCAAAGAUCCUUAGCCAGGAUUCUGAGAGACUUGAAAUAUCUGAUGAAGGGGAAAAGCUAAGGGCUUCUUCUAUUAAUGCCAGGGAUGUAGGUGCUGUUUAUUUUGAUGACAAUGGUACAAAAAUCCGUAUUUUAUCAAAGUCUAAUGAUGUUCCACUUAUGUCAAAAGUCGGAGAUGAUUCUGGACCAAUUAAAGCUUUCAAAGGGAAUAAAGGAAACAAAUUCCUUUCAACCAAAAAGAAAAGGCGACAUUCCUCACAACAUCACAAGUAUCUUAAACUUGCUCCUCAAAGCCAAAAACUUUUAUCGCAUAAGGCUUGUUCUUCUACGCAGAUGGUUGGAGGUCUAGAAGGGUACCAUGGAGUAGCAAAUACUUUACAGAGCGAUGGACCAGAUGUGCCAAAGCAAAUCAAAUCCAGUGAUUCUAGAAGCUUUAGGGAAAGGGUGUGCUCUAAACAAGAUUGUCUUUCAAGGAAGCCUAAUAAUCAAGCUAGAAAUCAACCUUCGGUUUGCAGACGGAAUGUUUUCCUGGAGUUGCAGGUUCAGAGGGAUCAACCACAUCAAGGAGAUCCUAUUGCAGAGAGAAAUUUUGUUCGCAGGUUAAAAAGUUCAUCUGAAAUUGCAAUUUCUUCUUCUGAAAAAUGUAAGAAGAGAGAGAAGCCAGUUUAUGAAGCCCCAGAUAUGAAUGAGAAAGAGCGUUCUUUUGGAAGAAAGAGAGUAAGGAGUUCCUUGUGUGGAGCAAGAAUCCGUAACAAGGUGGAGCUAAGAUCACAUAAGCAAAAUGAAAAUCACUUGAACAAAGACCAUUCCCAUCUAGGGAAUGAUCAUUUGGUGAAAUCUUUGAGCACUGGUGGAAAUCAUUCUUUUGCAUUCAAACGCUUCAGAUCCUCACCAAAGAAAAAUAUGUCGUCUGCUAGCAACAGGUCUUCCAUGGGUAAAUUUGGGUCAAACUUGGUUAAGAAUCAUUUAGUGACGGAAAGUCGACUGCGUUUUAUGGAAGAAAUCGGUGAAGAUGUAUCCUGGGGUCCUGAGACUGAUCAAGAAUGUGACUUGGUGCAUGAUAGUUCCGAAAAUCAACCUGGAAGGAAAGAGAUUACUGAAGAAAUGUCAUUUGGAGGAAGCAGCAUCCAAGGAGCCCCAUCCGGAGAACAAAGAAGAAAAAGUAUUUCCAGUAGGGAGGAAUGCAUGGCUUUGAGCAUACAUUCGGCACCUAAUUCUUCUUCUUCUGAUGAGACGGAAAACACUGAUUCUUCUGCAAGAAGUGAGAAUACUCUGGAUAAAGCUGAUGGCUUGGAAUCUUUUGAGGAGACUGUCACUAGUUUGAGUCACUCAGUAGAAACCAAGUCUAACAAAUUGAGUAAUCUUUCCGAGAAUAGGUCCAAUUCUAUACAGACUCAUGAGGAUUACAGUGGGCCUUUGUGUGGGGGUGAAGGACUGGCUGACCUUACAGAUCCAAGUUUUGUUGGUGAACCGCACAUGUUUUGUGCUGAAGUUAGCCAUAAUAUUAUUGGACAAACAGGUAAUAUGGGAGGAGAUUUGGAUUCUGAUGUGGCACAAUUGAACUCUUUUCCUGAGGUUGAUCCGAUACCUAUUCCUGGUCCACCAGGAUCAUUUUUGCCUAGUCCUAGGGCCAUGGGCUCUGAUGAUUUUCAAGGGAAUUCGUCAAUGACCAUCAGCCGAAUUCAGUCCUCUCAGGAUCAGCUUGAUUUAAUUGAUGGGGAAUCAUCAGAUUCACCCAUAUCUGUAGUGUCUACAAUCUCUAAUUCUCUGGAAGCCAGGUCAGAUUCGAAGUUUGCCGAACCAUUAGCAUUUUUCGGUGAUCCUGCAAUGCUAGAAAAUUAUAGGUCUGGCUGCUCUACAGCCAAAUAUGAGCCUUUAGCUGAAAACGGUGCUGCAUUUCCCUAUACAAGAGCAGGACUAGAAAGAACCUUUAGAGGAGAGAAGUCUAGAGAGCAUAGAACGUCUCUUGAAACGAGAUCUUUGAUUUUCAAAAAUGAUGAUCAGCCAUGCUCGUGUCAGAGAAAAGACAGAUCAUACCAGGGUUUUGCCCUAAAUUAUCAGGAGCCGCAACUACUAAGGCGACGGGCGACGGCUUCGAUGAUGGUCCCUACCAUGGGAAUGCAAAUUUCUGCCAAUCAAAAUACAAGUCCUGAUAACAUGGAUGCAAAACCAGAAACAAACUCUCUGGGCAGUAGUGCGGGUUUAGGAUCCGAACAAAUGGCUGUACCUGUCAUGAAACCUCCUGCAGGUUCCAUUGCUUUUGAAGGAUUCCCUGGUGCUGGGGUCAAGCUUUCUGAUCGCAGUAACUGUGAUCCUGCUACCCCAUCUUCUAAUCCCGUUCUCAGGUUGAUGGGAAAGAACUUAAUGGUGGUUAACAAGGAGGAAGACACAUCUGUGCCACUUGGUCAGAGUAUUCAUCUAACCCCCAAGUUUCCAACUUCGUAUGGAUUGACUACAAGCAAUAUUGGGAAUCAAGGUGGAAUACCCUUCCAUCAGACAAUGCCUCGGAGUUCUUUAAUAUUUGAUCAGCAUCCAAAAGAUUUGGCAGGGCAACCUUUUGAUGUCCAAUUAACAAAUGGCUAUAGAAACCAUGCAAAUCUGGGAACACUGCAGACACAAGGACAAUUUCCAGCUGGUGUGUUUUUUGAUGAACGUAUGGAAUGUGGUCUGACAACCUCCAUGGAGCUCUACAAAUAUGCAGGUGACUAUAACAUGCCAGCUCGACCGAGCAGACUGAAGAAGAAGCCAGGUCCGGUUAUGGAGAAAGUCACAACUCUAGACUACCAACGUAGGAACGGUGAUUCUGCUAUUUCCAAAGAAGUAAUUGUGAUUGAUGAUUCUACUGAAAGUGAAACAAACAAGUUUUCCGACAUUGCCAAGCAUUUUGAAGGCUUGAGGGAAAGCUCACUGAUACCAGCUGGCCUUUCAAUGCCAUUAGUUCCUAAUCAUAGUGUAUGGCACAUGAAUCCUUUUUCUCGUUAUAAGCUGGAAGACACUUUACGAGGUGACCUAACCAUGGUACAAAAUAAUAACUUCAAUACAAUCCCUUCUGGUCGAGCCAAUACAGUUCCUUUUCGGUGGGAUUACACUUCAGAACGUUCCAGUGUGCCACAGCGGGCUCCUCUUAUGGCUGCAUCAUCCUCAAGUGGCCAUCUCAGACCUUCUGUUUAUUAUUAUCCGAGUUUGUCUUAGCAGCUUUGGGUGUAUGGGAAAUUAUUAGAUGGUCUGCGCUGGGCAUCAGCAGGUCUCAUAUCAAACUUGUACUGAAUCUUGAGCUUCUCCAUGACUAUGCACUGAUAUAAGAUUUCAGCCUUCAAGACGAUAUGCAACAGCUAAAAUAAUCGCAGUUUGAGUUUUAAUAGAUUCUGUGCAAGUUUAGCGUUUGAGAUGUCAUAGUUUGUAUUUAUUUUUCAUUUCACUUACAGUUGAACAAACUUUUCACAGUUUUCGAGAUUUCUGCUUCGGCAACUAGAAAGUUAUUAGAAAGACAGAUAAUAUAAUAUAUAAGCAAAAUCCUUGAAUAAACCUGACAAAGGGCAGAGUUUAAAGUGUCCUUA